GACUCCAAUCGCCUAUCCCUGCACGGCCGCACCCACUCAAUUCCAGGCUUCCAGCGCACGCUCCACAUCCCCAUCUGGCCAUCCCGUUCGUUCCCAUCCUCUCGGCGCCGGACCGACGCCCGAAGAGGAGCCUCCCUCCUGCCGCAUUCUUGGAGCUGUGUGUCUCUUUCGUGACGCCGCUUCCACGCAACCCCGCGCCUCUGGUGGCACUCGUCGCUGUCAACCGGGCUGACGGGCGACCGAGGGAAGAAGAAGAAGCCGCGGCGGCCGCGGCAGUUUUGGUUUCUUGGCUGACUCCGAGUUCGAUUCCUCUCCUGAUUGGGAAGGUGGCUUUAGUACAGAGUUGGCUGGAGGCCCCGUCCCUGGCCCUCCCCCAUCCAUCGUCUCCUGCUCUCCCCCUCUGGUGGAGUGCCUGGUCGCCGGCGGACGGCACCAUCUGAGGCAGCUGCUAACCGCCGCGUCCGGUCGGCGUUGUGGCGCCGGGUCGUCUACUUCUGUCCUGCGGCGGAUCGUCGCCACCUGCGCGACGCCGUCGGGUCCUCGGGCGGGGACAGCCCAGCCAUCAGCCGCCGUUCUUGCGCCAGAGUUCCUGCUCUGGUGAGAUGGUGGCGACUGUUCUUUAGUUCAAAUCCGGAUCGUUCCUUGAGGGAUCGCUUGUGAUUUACUCUGCAGCUCCGCAAGAUUUGGUCAUUUGGAGCAUCAUUUUUCUCGGAUGUUUUCCCUUUCUGGUGCCUUUUUCGUUACGGGCUGGUAACGGGCUGUAACUCGGUUUCUUGUUCCUCGAUCUGUAGGCUGUAGCAAGUUUUAAUUUUUCGGACACCCAAGCAACGAUGCACUCCCGUAAUCCUGGAGCUGUAACUUUGGCUCGCCGUGAAAGAAUUUACUCAUCUCCAUGCCUUGCUUUGGUGAUUGCGGAUUAAAAUAAUUUCAUCUGGGCCAUGAAAUUUGUAGCCGAUCGAUGGAGCUGUAGUGAUUCUCUCUUUCUUAUUCAUUCACCCGUGGCCUUCUUCUCCCGUAUCCCUCCGCCUCCAGCCCCGCGCUGCCGUCGUCCAGGCUCGGUCCUCCAGGCUCGCUUCGCCGCCGUCGCCCUCCAGGCCCACGCCGCCGCCGUCACCCGUGCCCCGUCGCUCACCAGCUCCGCCCCGCGCCCCAGCACGCGCCGCCGGCCACCUCCGCCCGCGGGCUCCACCGGAGGAUAAGGGUGUCCAACGACGCGAGAAGCCGCGGGGAGCCAAUUUUUUUUUGCUCCCCUCCCUCAAUCGGCUCCAGUCAGCGCGAUUCGCGGAGCUUCUCCGCUGAAGCCAUUCGCCAUCUCGUCGUUUGGUAGGGCUCCAGCUUCGACCGGUGGAGAUGCCGAAGAGGGCCCUCCCAAACGGGGCCUAAGCACUCCUUUUCUGGUUCCAUAACUUCCGUGUGGUGUUUGUCUAGAAAGUGGUAAAAAUAAAGACAUAGUGGAAGAUGAGAUCAGUAGUUCGGUCGCUGCGGCAGCUCCGCCGUUUCACCCAGCACCAUGCAGAGAGCCACUCAUCAACAACCAGAUUGAUCAGGCAGCAGAAUGCUUUGAUCAUGUGCAGUUCGACAUCCCGUUCACUGAGCACACUACAUCGUAGUGGUGAAAUUACCCGAUUUGCAAGUCCAUGUGUGGAUCUAAUGAGGUCCAUGUUCUCCACUGUAGCGGCUGAUUCGAUCAAAGAUAUUGGAAGAGGUGGUCCGAUGGUGGAAUAUGAGAGGAGAAUAGCAUCAGGAGAGCUUGUAGAUGGCGAUAGUUUUCAGGUUGACACAAUUCAACAAUUACAAAGGCUCUAUGAGGAGUUGAUUGAGAAUGAAGAAGACUGCCAGCUGGAUAGAUACAAGUCAUCUGAGAAAUCAGGACGGAGUCGAUGGCUAUGGUCCCGCCUCAUUGCUCAGCCUUCUACCUAUGCUCCAGUUAAAGGGCUGUACCUGUAUGGUGGUGUUGGUACAGGGAAGACCAUGCUUAUGGACCUGUUCUAUGAACAACUGCCAUCUAAUUGGAGAAAAAAACGUAUUCACUUUCAUGAUUUCAUGUUGAAUGUACAUAGUCGUCUGCAGAUGCAUAAAGGUGUUUCAGAUCCCCUUGAUGUUGUAGCAGCCGAGAUUUCAGAUGAGGCCAUCAUAUUGUGUCUUGAUGAGUUUAUGGUAACUGAUGUUGCUGAUGCUAUGAUUCUAAACCGGCUGUUCAGACAAUUGUUCAGUAAAGGCGUUAUUCUUGUUUCGACUUCUAACCGCGCUCCAGAUAAGCUUUAUGAAGGUGGCUUACAGCGGGAUCUUUUCUUGCCUUUCAUUGACACCUUGAAAGAAAGGUGCAUUGCGCAUCCCAUUGGAUCUGCAGUGGACUAUCGUCAGUUGGGUUCUGCUAAGCAAGGUUUCUAUUUCGUUGGCAAACAUUACAGUACGCUUCUGAAACAGAAGCUCCAAUCUUUAAUUGGAGAUGAGGAACCCAGCCCACAAACUGUUGAAGUAAUUAUGGGAAGGAAAUUACAGGUUCCCCUGGGAGCAAAUGGUUGUGCAUAUUUUCCAUUUGAAGAUCUUUGUGACAGACCUUUAGGUGCAGCAGAUUAUUUUGGACUCUUCAAAAAAUUUCACACCCUGGCACUCGAUGGUGUUCCAAAGUUUGGAUCUAGUAACAGAACAGCAGCUUAUCGGUUUGUCACACUGGUUGAUGUUAUGUAUGAGAACAAAGCAAGGCUGUUGUGUACAGCAGAAGCUGGACCAAUAGAACUGUUUGAGAAUAUCGUGACUGUUGCUGAAGCACACAAGGUUUCACCAAGGUCAUCACGCUCACAGAAAAGCGAUGAUCCCGAUCUAUGUGUGGAUAACGAGCUUGGAUUUGCCAAGGAUCGUACUAUUAGCAGGUUGACAGAGAUCAAUAGUAGAGAAUACUUGGAGGGCUUCGAAGCUAGGUUGCUUCAACAGCAGCAGCAGCCAUUGCAAGGCGUAGAUAAUGGUGCUGAUAUUGUACUAGCAUAAGUGGCAACAUCACUGUUUGCCUCAUUUGAAAUGAUCUUGUAUUCGCCCCACUUGGCUUACAUAGGCAACAGAAAAGCUCUGCUUUUCCAACAGUGAAGCAUGUAAAUGUGCAAUAAGCUGUGUUAAGUAUUUUCCCGAACGGGUGGGUGACCCAUAAAAUGUUACUCAAUCUUUACUGAGUUUCUUAAAGAAAAUUGUACUGUAGCA